CGCCCUGCCUCGACGUAGACUCGCGCGCGCGCCCCAGCCGCCACACGCGACCCCACGGUCCGGCGCGAAGGCCUGCGGAGAGCUCCGUCAGCCACAAGAGUUGCGACAACAGCCCAUCGCGCCGCGACAGACGACGCGCACGCUGCGUCGCCGAAGCCAGGCAGCAUGCCGCCCAAGAAGAAGGCGUCCGUGACCAAGGCCGCGGUGCCCAUCACCGCCAUGUUCUCGAAGAAGCCCAAGAAGGACGCGGCGCCGUCGCCCGCGCCCGCCGCGGCCUGCGACGAGAACAAGAAGCCGUCGCCGGAGCGCGCGGCGACGCCGACGCCGACGAAGCCGCGCGUCGCGGAGCUCCAGGAGGCGCCGAACUCGCGGUCGUCGCCGCGCCUGCGCACGACGGCGCGCAAGGACUACUCCGAGGCGCCGGGCUCCGACGACGAUGAGGAGGAGGAGCGGGCCCCCAAGAAGCGCCCCGCGCGCGCCAAGAAGCCCGCGGCGUCGUCCGACGACGACGACUUCGUCGCGACGGGCCGCGCGAGCGACGACGACGCGUCGAGCGACGACGACGACGACGACGACGACGACGAGUCGUCCGAGAGCGACGGCAUCUUCGAGACGAAGAAGAAGGCGAAGAAGCCCGCGGCGAAGCGCGCCGCGCCGCGCAAGAAGCAGGCCGUGGACCCGGCCAUGGUCGUCGACAGCGACACCGUCGCGGCGCCCGUCGAGCUCUCGGCGGAGGAGAAGGAGCUCAAGUGGCCGAUCAAGCCCGUGCCGCCCGCGUUCAAGCCCAAGGCGGCCCCCGCCGCCGACGACGACGACGAGGAGGCGUCGCCGUCGACCUCGAAGAAGCGCAAGAGCAAGUCGUCGACGGGCAGCGCCUUUGACGUGAUGAUGAAGAGCGCGAAGACGCCCUCCCGCAAAAAGAAGGCCGGCGACGACGACGAGAAGUUCUCCGCGGACCUCGACAACGACCUGCCCGUCAUCAGCCGCCCCCACGACAUCUUCGCCGACAUCGUGCGGCGCUUCCCCGAGAUCGGCGAGCUCGCCAAGUCCAUGGACCGGCCGCUCCGCGUCGCGACGAUGUGCUCCGGCACGGAGGCGCCGAUCCUCGCGAUGGACCUCACGUCCCAGGCCUGCGAGGCCCAGCACGGGUCGCCCUUCCCCGUGGAGCACAUCUUCUCGAGCGAGGUCGAGCCCUUCAAGCAGGCUUAUAUUCAGCGCAACUUCGCGCCGCCGCUCCUCUUCCGCGACGUCCGCGAGCUCGGCAACAAGCGCGCGCACACGGCCUUUGGCGCGUUGGAGGACGUGCCCCAGGACCGGGACCACUUCGACGUGCUCAUCGCCGGCACGUCCUGCGUCGACUACUCGAACCUCAACGACCACAAGAAGACGCUCGACCAGGGCGGCGAAUCCGGCCAGACGUUCUACGGCAUGCACGAGUGGGUCCAGCGCGCGCGGCCCACGCUCGUGCUCCUCGAGAACGUCUGCGGCGCGCCCUGGGGCGGCAUGAUCAAGAACUUCGCCGACAUCAAGUACCACGCGCGCCACUCGCGCCUCGACACGAAGCACUUCUACCUCCCGCAGACGCGGACGCGCGGCUACCUCCUCGCCGUCGCCCACGAGCGCUGCGGGCCCGGCGUCCUCGACGCCUGGGAGGAGAAAUUGGCCAAGAUGCGCCGGGCGGCGUCGGCGUCCCUCGAGGCGUUCAUGCUCGCGCCCGACGACCCGCGCGUCUCCGCGGCGCGCGCGGACCUGAAGCACGUGUCGCGGAACAAGAACGACGUGCCCUGGGAGAAGUGCGAGGCGCGCCACGCGCGCGUCCGCGGCGAGGAGAAGCUCGGCCAGAAGCGGCCCGUGACGAACUGGUCCCACGGCACGAACAACGCGAGCCUGCCCGACUUCGCGUGGCGCGACUGGGCGCACGCGCAGACGGAGCGCGUGCUCGACUCCAUCGACAUCGACUACAUGCGCCUCGUGCAGAAGAAGGUCGACGCGUCCUUCAAGACGUCGGUCUGGGACCUGUCGCAGAACGUCGACCGGUCGAACCCGACGAACUCCAAGCUCGGCAUCUGCCCGUGCCUCACGCCGUCGCUCUGCGCCUACGUGACGAACCAGGGCCGGCCCGUGAUUGGCGUCGAGACCCUGGCGCUCCAGGGCAUCCCCAUCGACGACCUGCUGUUGACGCGCGAGUCCGAGGACAACCUCACGUCGCUCUCCGGCAACGCGAUGUCGACGACCGUCGUCGGCUCCGCUCUGCUGGCCGCGCUCCUCGUGCUGCCCAUGGAGAGCCUGGAGAACAUGGGCCUCGCGUCCGAGACCGCGGCCAAGAAGGCGAAGACGGGCGGCCAAGAAGGCCAAGAAGACGAGGCCGCGGUCGCCGUCAAGGAGUCGGCCAUGGCCGCGCCGCGCGCGCUGCCCAUGGGCGCGCUCGACGACGUCGCGUCGCCCCUCUUCGAGGCCGGCACGCCCGUCACCUACGGCGCGUUGCGGCACGCGGGCAUCCGGACCAUGCGCCGCUGCAUCUGCGAGUCGCGGAAUUCCAACUCCGACGCGCGGAUCCUCCGCUGCGAGAAGUCGGGCCACACCGCGUGCGAGAACUGCGCGGGCAAGCCCGAGCACUACUUCGCGCCCGACGACACGCCCCGGUCCGAGCCCCGCGCCUUCGAGAAGGCGCUGGCCAAGGCCCUGCCGGGGUCCGUCGUCCUCGCGGGCGUCGGCCGCGCGGCGCUCGAGAAGGCCGUCGCCGGCGCGGACGGCGUCGACGACUCGAUCCUCGACGCGUGGCUCGACCACGUCGCGGACCUCGACGGCACGGAGCUGCGCCAGGCCGGCGUCGCGCGCGGCGACGACUGGAAGGCGACCUUCGCGGACGCCGCGGGCAAAUUCACCGCGGAGCUCCGCGUCGGCGACGGCAGCCCCGAGUGGCUCGUCUACGCGGACGCGCCGCCGGGCAAGGGCGCCCUGCGCGACGCCUUCAAGACGCCCGUGCUCCGCGGCGCGACGUCGCCGGAAGGCGGGUUACUUUCCGUCGCGUGGUCCGCGCACGGGCCCGGCGGCGCGUCUUCGAACGUCACGAUCUCGCACGGCGGCGACCUCAUCGACACCUUCGAGUCGACCUUCGCCAUGGAGGACGGCUCCGUGGGCUCGAAGCGCCACUCCGUCAUCACCGUGGAGGGCGACGCGUCCGUCGCCGGCACCUACGACGCGCUGCCCAAGUGCUCCGCGGCGCUCGGCUCGCUCCACAAGCGGCGCGGCGGCGACGUCUACUUCUUCCUCGAGUCCGAGCCCGUGGGCAAGCCCGAGAACGAUGGCUACGUCUUCGCGUUGGACUGGCGCAAGCUCAAGCUCUCGGAGCAGCGCGCGUCCAUCGUCGCGCGGUUGGACGUGAAGUGGAAGCCGCCCGUCGCCGGCGACGGCGUCAACUUCAAGAAGGCCGAGCUGUCGCGGUCCGUGGACGCCGUCGCGCCCGUCUGGUGCGCCCUGCCCGGCGCGUCCCUCGAGGCCGCCGCGGGCCGCGACGGCGUCGUCGCCAAGGUCGAGGCGUCGCUCUCCGGCGCCGUCGACCUGUCGACGGCGUCGCCGCGCGACGCCUUGGCCGUGCUCCAGUGCGCCGUGCCCGUCGGCGACGACCUGGCGACGCUCGGCGGCGUCUGGUCGCCCAAGGCCGCGCGCGACGCCUGGGCGCCCCUCGCGGCCGCGAAAUUGGGCGCGUGCGGCGUGGUAGCCACGCAAACGUCGCGCGAGAUCGGCUUCGUGACGCCGCGCCUCGAGCUCCCCGGGGCGUUGGGGGCCUGGUCCUCCGCGGCCCACGUCGAGGUCUUCGCCGACGCCCUCGCGAAGACGGGCACGUGCUGCGCGGUCUGCGCGCCCACGCCGCCCACCUUGGAGUGGGCCAAGGAGGCGGGCAAGCGGUCGACGACGUUCAUCGCCGUCGAGGACCCCUACAGCGCGGGCGUCUACGAGCGCGCCCUCAAGCACCGGCCGUCGACCUUCGCCAUGCAGGCGCGCCUCGACUCCAAGGGCGGGAAAGGAGAAUUGCGCGUCGCGGUGAACGCGCGCGCGCUCUGCGCGCGCGCGUUCGCGUCGCUGCCCGCGCGCGUCCACGCGCGCCGCGAGGGCGACACGGUGCUCGAGUGGCGCGUCGUCCCCGGCGAGCCCACGUUCCAGCGCGAGCGCGCGCCGAACCGGCCCUUCGGCCUCACGUCGAACCGCGGCGACGUCGAAGCCGCGCAGCCCGCGUCGUUCGUCGCGUCCGGCGCGUCGCUCCGGCCCGAGCAGCUCCGGUCCCUGACCUGGAUGCUCGCCAUGGAGCGCGGCGAGACCUUCAUCGAGGAGGAGGUCGUCGACGACACGCUCAGCGCGCUGGGCUGGCGCGCGGAGGCGCGCGUCCGCGUGCCCACGACGGUCCGCGGCGGCGUGCUCGCGGACGCCGUCGGCUACGGCAAGACGGCCAUCACGCUCGCCUUGAUCGACGAGACGAAGACCGACGAGCCCCCGGCCCUGCCGGCCUACCACGUCGCCGCCGACGGGGCGCCCAAGGCCAUCCCCUGCAAGGCGACGCUCAUCGUGGUCCCGAAGCAUUUGAUGGCGCAGUGGCCGUCGGAGCUCAAGAAGUUCCUCGGCGGCGCCGCGGCGAAGAAGUACAACGUCAUCACCAUCGCGACCAUGCUCGACCUCAAGAAGCUGACCGUCGCCAAGAUGCUCGCCGCGGACAUUGUGUUCGUGGCCGUUUCCGCGUUCCGCACGGACGCGUUCUACGACCAUUUGGCGGAGUUCGCGGCGGUGCACAAGCUGCCCAAGAAGGGCGGCCGCCACUUCCAGGAGGUCCACGCCAAGGCCAUCGCCAACGUCGAGCGCUACGUGGGCCUCCUCCAGGCCGAGGGGCCCGACGCGCUCCGGAAGGCGCGCAAGGCCGACAAGGCGCGCGACGAGGUCACCAUCGCCGUCAACACGUCGAAGAAGCAGGCCUACAAGGACGCGGCGCCCCUGCGCGGCGCCCGCGAGAAGACGGCCGCGCCCAAGAAGAAGAAGGCGGAGAAGCCCGACGAGCCCAUGCCCGACGCGGCCGACGACGACGAGCCCAUGGACGACGAGGACUCCGAGUCCGAGGAGGAGGAGGUCAAGAAGCCGAAGAAGGACGCGUGGAAGAAGCUCCAGGCGCCGCCGCUCCAGCUCUUCCACUUCGCGCGGAAAGUCGUCGACGAGUACACGUACCUCGAGGCGCGCGACGUGCCGACGAUCCACGCGAUCAAGGCGCGGUCGUCCUGGGUGCUCUCCGGCACGCCGCCCAUCGACAGCUUCGACGACGUCAAGUCCAUCGCCGCCUUCCUCGGCGUCCACCUCGGCGCCGCGGACCCCGUGCAGCUCACGAAGAAGGGCACCGUCGCGCGCGCCGACGCGCACAAGGAGCUCUCGAAAUCGGAGAUGUUCCACGAGUUCAUGGAGAACCGGUCCGAGUCCUGGCACGCGCGGCGCCGCGACCUCGCCCAGGCCUUCGUGAACCGCUUCGUGCGCCAGAACGUCGCGGAGAUCGACGAGAUCCCCUUCGUCGAGCACGUCCGCAGCGUCGACCUGCCGUCCGCGGAGCGCGCGGUCUACCUCGAGCUCGAGCACCACCUGCGCGCCCUCGAGAUGCAAACCUCGAAACACGCGGGCCGGGGCCGCGCGGGCUCCGCGCGGAGCGACCGCGAGGCGCGGCUCCGCGAGGCCUUGGAGGGCUCCAGCGACGCGCACGAGGCGCUGCUCAAGCGCUGCGCGUACUCGACGCUCGACGGCGGCGCCAAGGGCGCGCCGGCGACCGUCGUCGGCGCCUGCGACUUGGUGGUGGCGCGCCGCGAGGCCGAGCUCGACGAGUGCGCGAACCAGAUCCGCCGCGAGGUCGCCGCGGCGUACCGCCUCGAGGGCGAGCUCCGCCGCUGGGACGCCGCGCGGCCCAUGAGCGGGCCGACGGUCAAGUCGAAGCCCUGCCUCGACGCCUUCGACAAGUUCGACUCGGCGACGGGCAUGUGGUACGCCGAGGACGUCGGCGGCUCGGCCGCGGGCAAGAAGCGGAAGGCGGCCGACCGCGUCUGCGGCCACAAGCACAUGCGCGAGCUCGCGGACGAGCUCGCGGGCGGCUACGGCGACGCCGAGGCGUCGGCGAAGCUCCUGGCCAUCGUCGACGAGGCGAAGCAGGACGCGGCGAAGAGCCCGAACUGCUCCCUCGCGAAGCCCGCCGCGGCCGACGACUCGGACGACGACGCCUCGGACGACGACUCGGACGCGCCCAAGAAGAAGAAGAAGCCCAAGAAGAAGGCCAAGAAGAAGGUCGACGAGAAGGACCGCGCCAAGUACAUCGAGGACGUGUCCUACCACCACAAGAUCGACGCGCUCGUGUUCCCGGAGCCCGUCGUCGCCGGCGAGUCCGAGCCCAAGCGCGCGGAGCGCGCCGCGACGCUCAAGGAGCUCAUGUGGGCGCUGCGGAACCAGGUCUACGAGCUCCGCGCGCUCAACAAGGAGUUCGUCGGCCGCAUGCGGUCCCUCCGCUUCUUCCGCGGCAUCGCGCGCGCCGCGAAGCGCAAGGGCCUCACGUGCGACGCGACGGGCGCGAAACUGGACCUCGCCAAGUUCGCGCUCCUCAGCUGCUGCGGCCACGCGGGCGACGUCGACGCGCUGAAACUCGCGGCGGCGCGCGAGGCCUGCCCCGUGCCCGGCUGCAAGGCGCCCGUGCGGCUCCACUCCGUCGUGCCCUGCGCGGCGUUCGCCGCGGACGACGGCGCGACCGUCGCGGCGCCCCACGGCGCCAAGCUCGCCCAGAUCGUCGACCUCGUCAAGUCCCUGCCGGGCGACGAGCGCGUCCUCGUCUUCGUCCAGUUCGCGGACCUCCUCGCCAAGGUCGACGGCGUGCUCAACGACUCGGGGAUCAAGACGCUCAAGAUCAAGGGCUCCGCGCACCAGAUGAUGAACGCCAUGACGGCCUUCCAGGCCGAGACCCUCGCGAAGGACGACCCGCGCGUCCUCCUCCUCGAGCUCCACAACGAGUCCGCGUCCGGCGCGAACCUCACGACCGCGAACCACGCGAUCUUCGUCCACCCGCUCCACGUCGACAAGCUCCAGACCUACAUGGCCUGCGAGACCCAGGCCAUCGGCCGCGUGCGCCGCUACGGCCAGAAGCGCACGGUCAACCUCUACCGCUUCCUCGCGGCCGACACCGUCGACUCGCGGCUCUUCGAGUCGCGCCGCGACGAGCUAGCACCAACGCCGCAAGCGAUGGCCGACGACCUCGCCGCGGAGAACGCGCGCCUGCGCGCGCGGCUCGCGGCGCUCGAGGGGCCGAGCAUCGCGUCGAGCAUCGUCGAGCUCGUCGGCAACACGCCGCUCCUGCGCCUCGACGCCGCGUCCGCCGAGUGCGGCGAGGUCCUCGGCAAGCUCGAGUUCCUCAACCCCGGCGGCUCCGUCAAGGACCGCGCGGCGCUCGAGAUCGUCCUCGCGGCCGAGCGCGACGGUUCGCUGCGGCCCGGCGCGACGCUCGUCGACGCGACGUCCGGCAACACGGGCGUCGCGCUCGCCAUGGUCGCCGCCGCGCGCGGCUACGGCUGCGUCGUCGUCAUGCCGCGGCUGGGCCCCAACGUCGAGCGCUACGCGCUGAUCAAGGCCUACGGCGGCGCCGUGCUCCUCUCCGAGGUCGCCGACGGCACCGAGGGCAUGCUCGCGCUCGCGGAGCGCGCCUGCGCCGCCAUCGACGGCGCCUUCUUCUGCGGCCAGUUCGCGAACCCGGCGAACGAGCGGAGCCACUACGCGGCCACGGGUCCGGAGAUCUGGCGCCAGUGCGGCGGGCGGCUCGACGCCGUCGUCGUCGGCGCGGGCGCGGGCCGGCGCACGGGCGGCACGGCGGCCGGCGUCGGCCGCGCGCUCCGCGAGGCCGCGGCGGCCGCGGGCGCCGCGCCGCCGCCGGAGAUAAUCGUCGUCGAGCCCGAGCUGUCGCGGGUGCUCAGCGGCGGCCAGCACCAUAACGGCCACGGCGUCACGGGCAUCGGCGCGGGCGUCCCGCUCGCGUUCGUCGCCGCCGCGGGCGAGGCCGCGCCAAGCAAGCUCGGCGACGCGCUCGACGCCGCGCGGGACCUCGGCCUGACCGCGGGCGUGCUCGCGGGGCCGAGCUCGGGCGCGGCGCUCUGCGUCGCGCGGCGCGUCGCGCGGCGGCUCGGCCCGAAGAGCCGCGUCGUCGUCGUGCUGCCGUCGGCGGGCGAGCGCUACCUCACGCACCCGCUCUUCGACGCCGCGCGCCGCGAGGCCGAGUCGGAGCUCCGGCGCGCCGUCGCGCCGGGCCGCUCCGACGCGGCCGCGGAGCUCGCGAAGCUCCGGCGCGAAGCGGCGCCCGCGCGGCGCGCGCCGCCGCCGCCGGCCGUCGUCGACGCGCGCGCCGCGCUCGAGGCCGACGUCGCGGCCGUCGUCGCGGGGCUCCUCGGCGUCGACGCCGUGCCCCCGGACGCGCGGCUCGAGGACCUCGGCGCGACGUCGCUGACGGCGGCGCGCCUCCUCGGCAAGCUCGCGCAGUCCGGCGCGCUCGCAGAGGGGAGCCUGCCGGGCGCCAAGGUCGCGCUGCUCAAGGUCGCGUUGCUCGGCACCGCGCGGGACCUCGCGCGCGUGCUCCUGCGCCUCGGACCGGGCGACGCGCCCCUCCCCGGCGCCCCGGCGCCGCCGGGCUACGCCGUCCACUUCGCCGCGCUGUCGGCGUUCCUCGCGUCGCUCUUCGAGGGCCUGCCCGUCGCCGGCGGCGAGGACGCGGGCAUGACCGGCGCGUUCCGCGUCACGCUCGCGACGCCGAACGGGAGCGUCCUCCUCUCGCCCUACGGCUUCAUCGACACGCCCGCGAGGCGCGCGCGCCUCGCGGCCACGCGCGCCGCGACGCCGCUCAUCGGCGACUUCUUGCUGUCGACGCCGAUGGCGAUCGACGCGCCGGCGGCGACGCCGUCGCUCCAGGACCCGACGCCGCCGGCCGCGGCGGCCGCGUCGUCCGCGCCGUUCGCGGAGACGACGGUCGCGGACCACGCGUGGCGGCAGACGAACCACAUCUGGAGCGAGGAGGAGCUCGGCCGCGUGACGGCGACGUCGCACGCGCCCGUCACCGCGUCCGACUACGCCACGAAGGGCUUCAUGAACGUGCUCUACCACGGCUUCAACUUCAUCACGGGCUACGACCACGCGGACCCGUCGCCGAGCUCCGUCGCGUGGCGCCUCAUCAUCCUCGAGUCGUUCGCGGGCGUGCCCGGCUUCGUCGCCGCGGGCUUCCGCCACUUCUACUCGCUCCGCGAGCUGAAGCGCGACCACGGCGCCAUCUUCACGUUCCUCGAGGAGGCGGAGAACGAGCGCAUGCACCUGCUCGUCUGCAUGAAGAUGUUCGAGGCGUCGCCCGCGACGCGGGCGCUCGUCGUCGCCGCGCAGUUCACGAUGACGCCGCUCCUCUGCGCGACGUACGCGGCGAGCCCGCGCGCGAUGCACCGCUUCGUGGGCUACCUCGAGGAGACGGCGGUCAUGACCUACGCGAACCUCGUCGAGAAGGCGGCGACGCCAGGCACGCGGCUGCACGGUGCCUGGGCCGGCCUCGACGCGCCGGACAUCGCCAAGUCCUACUGGAAGCUCGACGACGACGCGAGCUGGGCCGAGUGCCUCCGCCACAUGCUCGCCGACGAGUCCCACCACCGCGACGUGAACCACGCGUUCGCCGAGCUCCCGCGCGACGCGGAGAACCCGUUCAUCGGGGACCACAUGCGCGACUUCGACAAGGCGGCGACGGCCCACGCCGCCGCGAAGCGCCGCGAGUAAGCGCCCUCUCCCCCGG